AUGAAGCUGAGCAUCACCACCGCCCUCGUCGCGCUUGCAGCCAUCUCCUCGACCUGCGUCACCGCCCACCCUUCCCCCAUCACCCUCGAAACCCGUGCCCCUCCUCCGGACACCAUCAACAUCAACGUCAAGAACCUCUAUCCCGAGGACUGCAUCUUUGACAAGGCACGCAACCUGUUCUACCAGUCCAACCUGUGGAAGGGUCGUGUGUCGGUGUGGAACGUUGCCACGCGCAGCAACUACAAUCUUCUCAUCCCUGGCGUGUCGAGCAGUGGGGAUGGGGAUCAGCAGAUGGCGGGUCUAUCCAUCAAUUCUGCUGGAGACAAGCUGUUUGCUGUUGCCAAGAACUCGGCUGCUUUCCGCUUCGGGAGUGGGCAGCGACCCGAGGGAGCCGAGAGCUUCCAUCGCUUCAACCUUCCGGCUAGCUCCUCAUCGUCUCCUGUAUGGAGUGUCAGUCUUUCAGGGGUCAAGUCAGCGUUUAGGUCCAGAACGGGGACGUUACCUUUUGGACCCGUGGCAAGCGCCCAGGAUAACGCGGACAACUCGUACGUCGUCUUUGCGCUUGGCAUGCCUGCCAUUGCGCGCGUCUCGCCCGAUGGAAAGACGAUUACGCCGUGGUACUCCGAGAAGUCCAACGGCUCCCAACGCCCGGGUUACACAGGCGUAGCCUUCAUCCCCGAGGACAACAUGCUCGUUGCCUUUGGCGGCCCUCGACCACUCACCGCGUUCGACCUUUCCUCCCCCAACCCCACCGGCAUCCCUGUUCGCCUCACAGGCGCCAACUUCGGCAGCACCGACGGCAGCGAAAAGAUCCACACUGUCCAAAUUGCCGGCAAGAGCAAUUUGUUUGCGGCUAAAGCUCCCAAUACGUAUCGCUUCCAGAGCAGCGACAGGUGGAGAAGCGCAACUGUCCGCAGCGCAACAAGGGACGAGUUCAAGACCAACUCCCUAACGGUCGUCACCGAGGCCAGCUUCAACGGCAAGACCCAGGUGUACGGCGGUGGGGCUUACUUUGGUGAAGGUGCCAAGGGCGGCAGGACCACGUUCCCGUUGUACAGGAUCUACGGUCUGCUCAACUAG